AUGAUGACAGACCCAGAAAUAGAAUCAGAUGGUGAAUAUUUAUAUGUUAAAGCCCUAAGUAAGAGAAUAGAAUCGUUGUUGCCAAAUCAUACAGGAAGAAGUAUAGAAGAAGUUGAACUCGAUCAACAAUUUCAAAUCACUAGAACCCUAUUGUUAGAAAGCAACAAUCGAAAUCCUAAAAUGAUAACUUAUAUAUUUAUUUCAUUUGCAUCAAUAUUAAAGUCAAUCAAUACAGAAUCAGCCAAUAAUAAAAUUAAACACAGAGAUGAGAAAUCAAGAAACUCCACAUUAUUAGUUUGUAAAUUGUUGGCAGAUAUAUUGAAAUCUAAUUGGGAUAGAGAGCAAACUGUGCUUGAUGACAAAGAUUUAUUGAGUAAUUAUUCGCGUUUUUAUUAUUAUGAUAGACCAAAUAGAAUUAAUCCAAACUAUGUGGCUGAAUUGGUGGACAUUUUUGUUAACAUGUUAUCUUCGGGAGUUGUUCGUAAAGUUUUGGCCUUGGUUCGUAAUGAACAAACUAUCACUACUAUGGCUGUGGCGAAAGAAGAACAGGAUAUUUCUCGUGAAGACCAACCAUUGACUAAAGAAGAGGAAAUUGCAUCAGCAUUGUCAGAUAUUGAUUGGUAUUUGGACACCAUUAUGAGAUAUAUUGCCACUGCUAAUCCUGACGAAUAUUACGAUGUGAUUAUUGACAAGAUUUAUAAAUACUCUGAAAGAGACCAAACCAUUCCACUACCUAUACUACAGAAAUAUUGUCCAUUGAUGAAGUACUUUUUCUUCUCCGAUGACAAUCACGUCCGUGUUGUCGAUGAUACAGUAAGAGCUUUGCCUUGUAUCAGAUCUUCCACUUGGAGACAAGUCUAUUUGUAUUUUUUUGCCAAUAGUAUCAAAGACCAAUCAUUUUCUAGAACCCUAGAUUAUAAUGUUUUGGUUGACAUUAAUGACACUCACCAAAAUCAAGUAUUAAAGACUUUAUUUGACACUGCAAUAAGUAUUUAUUUUGAAAAUACCGACCAAUCCUACUGCGGAAGUUUUGUUUUAACGUGGAUUUUGGCUUGUUGUUUAGAAGACAUCAAGGAAGUAAAUACCGACAAACCACUAAAUAAACUAAAACUCACGUUCAACAAACGUUUAAAAUUUAUGAUAACAGUGUUAAAGGAUUCAAGCAAUGCUAGUAAUUUAGAAAGUUUUGACGCUUUAAUCCAUAUCUUCCAUUUGGGUACUCGUCUACAGGCAUAUAACUUGUUGUCUCAUCCAAUUUACAUCUUUAGUUUGAAAUUUUUGGAUGAAACUUAUAGAAAUCUACUAAAAUAUGCCGACACUCAUAGAGAUGAUUUGAUAACUGACGAUGAAUUGUCUUUCCAAUAUGAAUUUUUGACUGUGAACUUUUAUCUUGCUGCAUUAUUACUUCGUCCAGAAAAAUACUCCAAGAUUAUUCUUAACAAUUAUGCUCAGAAUCAAGACGAGCUUCGAGCAAAUAAAAUUCUUGUCAAGAUUAUUAAGGGAUUAUCUGAAAUUGAGACUGGACGUAAAGUAUUUCUUAAUCUCAUGCAGCAAUUGAUACCAACUUUAAAAAAGAUGAUAUAUGGUGCAUUAAAGAUUUUGUGUCAAUUUGAAGCUAGGUAUAACCGAAAUGUUUUCACUCCUAUUUCGUCACCCAACGAUUCACCUCAGAGUGCCGUGUAUUCUGACCUCGCCAGUAUGGGCCAAUUUAUCCAAGCUAAUGCUGCAACCCAGCUGACAAUGAGUUUGAUCAAAACAAGUUUAGACCAUUAUGCCGAAGACUUGUUUGAUAUCCAAUCUCGUGAUAGCGGAAACAAGAUUGGUGGAAUUAAAAAUGUGACAUCAACCACGAAUUCUUCACACUUGUCAUCUUCAACUUAUAGAUUUAGAAUUGUCAAUGGUGCUGAAGAAUUAUUAUCAGAUAUUUUCCUGAUCUUCACCACGGUUCCAGAUCUUUACUUCAAUGCCAUGCCAUUGAUGAGUGACGAAUACUACGAAACCAAACCUUUGAAAGAAUUAUUGCCAGCCAUUAUAAAAUUCUGUCAUGAAGCAGUAAUUCCUUUGAGAGUAGCCCUUAAAUCUAGAUGGGUGGUACAAGGCAAUACCAGAUUACUUGAUUCUUGUAAAUUAUUGUGUACCAAAAUGGUUACUCCCGGUAACAGAUUGGUACAAUAUAAUAGUACUUUGAGUGUAUUUGCCAAUUUCAAUAUCUGUAAUUGUAUUAUCUAUAUCACCUGUGAAGCUUGUUUGUCCAUGUCAUUGCUCAGUCCAAAGUUUAAAUCAUGCUUUUUAUUCUUAAAUGACUUCUUACAGAAGAGAACGUUGUUUGAUGAAUAUAUUGCAAAAAAUCCAAUCAUUAUGGACCCACUGACACAAGCUUACUACGAGCCUUGUGGCGAUAUCAUUCAUUCAGUUGAAAAAGUUUUAUUGCUUUCUUUGUGUACCCAUGAUGUUUCAUUCUAUAAUUAUGCUGUUCAGGGUCUUAAUUGGUAUGUCACAGAAUUAAAAACACACAAACAUUUUUAUCGUCCGGAAGAGGUAUCAGAUACCAUGUUGGAUACCUUUGAAUUAUUUGCCAAAGAUGAUUCUGUGUUUACAGGAUUUGCCAGUUUACAUAAACGACACAGAAAUAUUUUACGUGAAGCCAAAGCAACCAAAUCUUUGUAUCAAGUUUGGAUGAUGAUUUAUUACCGUUGGCUUAAAAUACUCGACAAGAAAGAGGCAUUGGGUCCUGAAGAGAAUCUUGUAUUUAGACAUUAUACUGGUUUCAUCGUCUCUACUUCUGGAUGUUUUAUUUCAGGAGACCCAUUUCCGGAUAAUCAAGAGCUUAAAGAGAAAGCCAUUAAUCAUAUUUCAGUACUCUUUGAUAAGUGUAUUGAAUUGUUAACUUCUCAAGAUAUGGUUAUUCAGAUGGUUGUCAAAGAAGCUUUGUCGAAUGAAACGCAUUCAGAAUUGUAUCGCUUGAUUGCGGAAAAAUUGAUGAACACCGCUGCUGGUUAUUUUGACAAGUAUAAGGCUGAUGAUAUUGUUUUAUUCUUGGAUCGUGCAUUGAUGGUUAUGACUGCCAUGAUAAAUGUGAAAAGCGAAGGUGCUCUUUACCUUGCUGCCAUGCUUCCAGAAAUAUGCCAGCUUUUUAUCAAAUGUAUUAGUUCCAUUGAGAAUCAAUUUGAGCGUUUGAAGGUUCAGUUGAGAUUUUGUAAACUUGGUAUUGCAUUAGAAGCUGACCGUACAAACUGUGGUUUGAAUGGUGCCUAUAAAUUAAGAAAUAUAUUUGCAAAAUCAAGUAUGGAAUGGUUAGAACAAGCUGUAUUCUUUGACGAGGUCAUGCAAGAUGAAGUUUCAUCAUCCUUAUCAAGAGAAGUCGAUACAAGCUAUCUCGCAUUGGAUUUGGCAGUAGAGAGCUCCAGUUUAUUGCGUGGUCAAGUAGAGAAUUUAUUGUUAGAAGUUCCAGAUGGUAUCAAAGACGAUGAGUUAAAAAAGUACAAAGACUUGUCAUUCAGUAAUUAUUUCUCAUUAUUUUACAAGAUUAUUGAAAAAUAUACCAAGCUGACACCAAAUACUAGAGAACGUCAUAAACAGCAAGUGAUCAUCGAUAAUAUUUUGCAAGCCAUUACCAAUAUUUUGCAAUAUGAUUCCCAAAUUGGUAUGAGAUUUAUUUUACCUAUGGGGUAUCAUGAAAAUAAGAAAAUUAGAUCCAUUUUCCUCAAUGUUUUCUCCAAAAUGUUACUUUCUCAAAGUAUGAAUGAGAAAAGAGAAGAGUAUCCAGAAAGCUUGAUUCAAGAAUUGACAGAACAAGAUGAAAUAUUUGGUGCUAUUGCUGAUUGUGCUUCCUCAUAUGAACAUAAUUUAUUGGCAUCAUCUUUGUUUGGAGUUUUUUCCUACACAGGUAAAUUGGACAAGUUAUUCAAAGUUUUGUUGUCGGUGGAAGUGGCGCAUCUGGCAAGAUCAACUGAUUUAUUCAGAAGAAAUUCUACUUUAACCAAAUUUUUGUCAUUUUAUGCACACGCUUAUGGUGUAGAAUACUUGGAGAAUGUUGUUCAACCUAUAGUCAAAGAACUUGUUGACAAUGAAGUCCAAUUUGAAGUUGAAAAAGUCGAUACACCAGAGACCGCAGAUUUGUUUAUGAAUUAUCUCAAUAGAAUCGUUGAUCUGAUUGUCAAUUCCAUUAAUGAAUUACCAACUCCAUUUAAAUGGUUAUGUGGAGAAGUCUAUUCCACUGUGAUUAAGAAAUUCCCUGAUGCCGCAUGUUCUGCUGUUAGUUCAUUUAUUUUCUUGAGAUUUUUGUGUCCGGCUAUUAUUAGUCCAGAGCAGCAAUUCAAGAUCCAAAUCAACAAUCCUAAGGUUAAAAGAUCAUUGAUGCAAUUGGUUAAAGUAUUACAAAACAUGGCCAAUGGUACAUUGAAUUCAAUUAAAUGGGCAGCAUUAGCUAAUGAAAGUGAUAAACUUAAUGAAGACAAUCGCAAGAUUUCUGAUUUCUUGAAGGAUGUAUCUAUUAAUGACAACAAUACUUAUGAAUUCCACAAGGAUGAAGUCCGAGAAAAACCAUUAAAUGAGUUGAGAUACUUGCAUAAAUUUAUUUAUACAUAUUUCACCAAAAUUAGACUGCUUUAUCUUUUCAAGGAUGGUGCUGGCAAGGGAACCCAAUUACAUGAGAAGGCAGUUAAAUUUAAAACAUUUGACAUUAUUGUUAUGAAAUUAGGUCAACCAAAGCCAAGUGUUAGAUUACAACUACAUACCAGUAUGAAAAUUCCCGAUGCUAAUAAUUUGGACGACGAUGAAAUCAAAUUUAAUGAUUUUAUGACAAAAAUGUCUUUGAAGUAUGCUGACACUCCACCAGACGCAGUUGAUGUUAUUCAUAGUUCCAUUUUCAAAGAUGGUACCCCGGCUGUUGUUGUCAACUUGAAGAAGAUGAAUAGCAGACCAGAUGAUGCUGCUUAUUUGGCAUAUAAAUUAUUGGAAACUGCAUCUCAAGUUUGGGAUAAUAAAUUCUAUUUGGUUUAUGAUUUCACAGAAUAUUAUCAUUAUACAAAACCAGUGACCGAUGAAUAUGCUAGAUUGUUGGGUGAUUUCAGUACCAAGCAAUUGUUUAGUAACUGUCUGAGAGUGUACUACUUCAAUAUUCCUAGAACACAACACCCUGGUGUUCUUGAUGCUGUGAAAGCAGUUAGAGAAAAAGGAUCCACCUAUUCUAUAAAACUUUACACUUACUCAUUGGCUGAUCCUGAUUAUAUUAUCAGAAACUUGUGUCUUGAUCAAGAAACAGUUGCUAUCAACAGGGAAAACAAAGUCAGUUAUGAAAAUGUAACGUUAUAUGAUCCAACCUCCGAUAGAUUCUUACCUGUCAAGCUUAAAAUUGGUAGACGAUUUGUGACCCUUUGUUUCAUAACAAAGGUUCCGUUCCAUGACAAAAACUGUGUAACUGAUGGAUUUGUCCCCGUUGAAGUCUAUCGUAUUACUGAAUUUAUCAAGUGUGAAGUUUCAAAUUUCACUGGUCACAACGACGAGUUUACUAUGUUUUUGAAUCAUGGUGUCCAAGUAACUUUAAGAUCACAAAACAGACUUGAAAUUUUGAGAUUUUUGUAUUUCACCAUCUCCAGAUUACCAAAGGAACCAUUUUAUAUUGCUCCUGAUGCAAAUUAUCAAAAUGAGCGUCAUUCCAUGCAUUGGUUUGGAAGAUUGUACAAUAUUGUUUUCCAAGGUUUAUUGAACAAUGAUGAAGAUGUCAAGUCGAAAGCGGCCACUUUGUUUGGGUCUUUAUCUACGUAUUUUGAAAUUGAUUUUGGUAUAAGAGAGAGUCAUGCCGUUAAAGUUCCAUUUCCUGCUGAUGCUACCAAUUUUGUGGUUUCAGUUUCAGAGUAUUUGGCCAGCAAUUUCCCGCAAAUGACAUAUCGAUUCUUUAAAGCAUUUUUUGAUAAUUUUGAACGUAUGGAUAAGGAAACUAGGUUCACUUCAAUUUUGUAUUUAUCACCAUGGAUACAAAAUAUCUAUGAAUAUGUUUAUCUGAGUCCUGAAAAUGGUGCUGACAAAGCAGCCGAUUUAUUUAGGUUGUUUUGUCGUUUGACUAAUAUCUACAAAGAUAAGAUUCCAUUCCUUAAUGAUUAUCUUUGGUCCAAAUUAUUCCAGGAAGCCAGAUUAGUCCUGACUUUAGUAGAAGAGGUUGUUGCUUUUGCCAUUGAUAGUAAGAAUGACAGUCCUGAUUGGUCGUUUAUUAUUGCUGUUAUCCGUCCUUCAAUUGAAGUUUGCGGUGAAGUCACUGCAAGAUUAACCAAAAGAAUAGGUGCAGCAUUGACAACCGAUUCAACUGUUGCUUUGGAGUCGAAAUUAUUUGAAAUUUCUGUGUUGAUCAAAAUCAGUUCUUCAUUGUUUUUCAAUUCUUAUAAUUUGUCCAAAACUUACUUGGCAGAAUUGAUUUUCUUUGUCACAUUGUUUAUUGAUGAUUACCAUUUAGAUGUUGGUGAGGAUUUGCAAAAGUUGUUAAUGACAGCUAUUCAAUCUUUGUUGCAUAAACCAGGCAUUACUGAAUUACAGCAAAGAAAAAUCGAUGAAGCUAUAGCUUACUUUUCAACUCCAAGAGCUAAAAUGAUUUUUGGCACAAGUAGAGAUACAACCUAUGUCAAUGACAUUGGUCAAACAUUUAAUCGUAUUUCAAAUUUCGAAAGGUUUACUGAUUAUUUGAAUGAAUUUAUUGAUAUAUUUGGAUCGACUGAAGAUAGAACUGCUUGGAGAGCUAGAUGGUCAUCAAAGGCAAUUGACGUGGCAUUCAACAAUUUUUCAUUGUUCCAGGAUCGUGCAGUGUUGGUGGUUGGUAUACUUGCCAAACAAGGUAUUAGUGAUUCUACAGCUUGCAGAACCAUUAAAUUGAUUUCAAAUGGUGAAUUACAUAGUAUCAAGUUGGCAAUUUGUGUUGCUGUUGCUGUGGCUAGAAUUUUAGAUGGCUUACCAGACACUUCAGUUUUACCACCUAUAUUGAUCUGGCCACAACUUUGUUUUGCCUUGUUGAAUCAUUCAGUUUUAUAUCAAGCAAGUUUGUUGAAUCUUAUUGCUUCGGUUACAAAAGUUAUGAGAAGCGUACCAAAUUAUCUUGAUCGUAUAUUUGAAGAACGUCAAUUGUUGGAGCCAGGUUUAAGUGAUCUUGAAACAAGAAAUCAUUAUUCCAUCACGAAAAAGAAUUUUGGAAUGCAUAUGUUUUUCAUCCUUACCCAAGGUUUAAGAGUUUCACAGUACAGACAUCUUUCAAUUUCGUGCAUCAAGACCUAUUUCAAAGCAAGAUAUCAAAACGCUUUAGGAAAUGGGAGCAAAGAUCUUGAAACCAAUGCUUAUGCUUAUCUUAUGUUGCUUUAUUUAUGUUGUGAUGUCAAGGAAGUGAAGGAAUUUUUUGAUGAGAUUGGUCUUGCCUGUGAAUUUGUUGAUCUUGGAGAUGGUCAAAAGAUUCCAAAUGUUUUGAUCGACUAUUUGAUUGGAAGUAGUGAAGCCACGCAAAUUGCUAUGAUCCACGCUGGUUAUUUUUUCAGUGAUGUUCAAGGCGUUGAUAUUAGUUUUAAAACAAGAUUUAUUAGAAUUUAUCUUUAUUUGCUUCAUCACAAACGAGAUUUGGCAUUGUUGGUCUAUCAUCUUAUUGAACCAGUUAUGAUCCAAGACCUUGUAAACACCGUGUCAGUUGUUGUUGUUCGUAACAUCUCCGAUGUAAUUGAGUUGGUGGGAAGAUAUUCUGAUUAUGAUCCAGAGUUUUAUAUUAAAAAGAUUGAUGACAUUAUUGAUACAAAUCAAAUUGAUGUGGUGAGGAAGUUGAGAGAUUUGAAACCCCUUCAUGAAUCAGUUGAUGAGAAUUUUAGAUUUAAACCUGAAUUUGAUCAUGAUAUUAAAAGUAUUCAAUCAAUGCUUUAUAGAGCUUCGUCAAAUUAUAUCGUUGGGGCAACAUUGGAAGAUUAA